AUGACGUCGAGACAGCGCACCUUUGUCUAUCUGACCUUUGGCUUGCUCGGCAUGGGCGUCCUAUUGCCCUUCAACUCGCUCAUCACACCCGCCGAGUACUUUCGCUCCUCGUUCGCUCGUACUCCCUACGCCAAUACAUUCAGCAGCUGGAUCGUCGUGUCCUACAACGUCAUCAGCAUCCUCGUCGGCAUCCACGCAACCGCUACCGGUGGCUUCGAACGGUCAAGCCCGCGCAGCAGGAUCACGCUCUCUUCCACCGUCAUCAUCCUCUCGGUCUUUUGCUUUGCGCUCUCCACAAGAAUUGGAGAACACAGCUCUCGUACAGGUCAUCACACCGACACGCCCACUACAAGACCGACGAGCAACUCGUACUUUUACUUCACUCUGCUUUUAGGCGGCCUGCUCUCGAGUGCAUGUGCUUACCUGCAGAACAGCGUCGUCUCACUCAGCACCGCGUUUGGCGCAGGUGGCUCCUUCAUGGGCACCAUGCUGGCAGGACAGGGCGUGGUAGGCGUUGGCAUCAGCAUCUUUGGCUUCGCCUCGGCCUGGUCGCAGCAAUCAGUACCGGACGAUGGCGCCUCUGCAGGUGGUCGAGCGGCGCAGGAGACGUCGCGCAGCAUCGCACGCGCUGCUACCCUCUUCUUCGGCAUGAACACUCUGCUCAUGAUGGGGGUGCUUGCUUCCUUCCUCUGGCUCACCAACACGCCCUUGUACACCCAGGUCAUGGCCAAGCAGGUCGCAACCAUCGACAAGAUCGAAGACGGGCGCGAGGCGUCUUCCAGGCCGGACGAUGAAGAUCUCGAGGACCACCAGCCGCCGAUGAUGCAGAGCUGGCACUCUAUCCGCUCAAUCUCCCACCCUUCAUAUAGCUCCUGGCUCAAAAAGGUGCCGGGCUUUUACGGCCUGGCCCCGUCGACACGCGAAUCGCUGCUGCGUAUCUCGCUAGUCCAAUCCAAGGUCAAGUGGGAUUGCGCUGCAGUUGCCUACAUUUUUGUCAUUACGCUCAGCAUCUUUCCCGCGCUCACAUCAUCGGUACAGAGCGUCUAUACAGGAGCGUCGAAGUUCGGCUCCAGAUCGGUGGAUCUCACCUCGCCGCAGCUGUUUGUUCCGUUCCACUUUUUCCUCUUCAACCUCUCGGACCUCUUGGGAAGGUCCUUGCCAAGUCUGGUACCUAAGGCUUUGAUACGCAAAGCUCGAGUCUUGGUGUCGCUAUCGUUACUUCGAUCGUUGUUUGUUCCGCUCUUUAUGGCAUGCAACGUCGUAUCCACGAGCCAAAGGACGGGUCCCGUGAGCCGCGUCAACACAGGCACGCCGGAUGGAUGGCUUGGCGGGCUGAUGCAAUCGAGCGACGCACCCUUCUUCGGUCUGAUGCUGUUGCUCGGCUUUUCGAACGGCCUCGUCAGCACCUGCAUCAUGAUCUCAGGUCCUUCGAGAAGCAAGCUCGUCAAUUCCAAAGGUGCGAGCGAGGGGCCCUUGGCAGCUACGCUGCUUUCCUUCUGGUUGUGUGUUGGGCUCGCGAUCGGAAGCGGUCUCAGCUUUCUCACUGUCAAGUCAUAG